CUCUUUGCAACUAUGUUCUCCCUGCAGCAUGUGCUCCUUAUCCUUAUUUCACUGGGACAGGUCUAUUCCCAGCAAGUUCAUCAUAAUGCUGGCAGAAAAUUUCCUCAGUGGUUAACAGGACUUAUCGCAAUGACUGUCUUCCUCUUUCUAGUCCUUGUGGUCUAUGUAGCCAAGAUGUUUUGGGAUAAGAGAUCGCAAGAAAGCAUAAACAUGAAAGACAUUGAGGAGGUGGUCGCCAAUGGCACCAGCGAAUGUUGUGAGGCAAGAAAAGAAAAUCAGUACAUUUCAUGCAAUAUGAAGGAUUUAAGAUCCAGUGAACAUAUUCAUGCAUAUGAAAAUCCCAUUGAAGUCAAUGACAAUGUCCGCUCUACAGCUAUGUAACUGAUCCUGUUGGGCUCAUGGCAUGUAAACAGUGUAUACAGAGUUGCAAACAUCCCACUGACUGAUAAUAGAAUGACAAAGUAAUGUUGAAAUGUUGAAUCUCAGCUUCCCCGCCUACCUGGUAACACAGUAUAUGUAUUAACAAUUAGGCAAGGCAUUACUUCCUCAAAUGGUGUUUAUAAAUAAAGUUUCUACAGGAUUAAUGUUAGAACCUUAGCUAAAUGAAUUCCAGUCAUCUUUAGGCCAGUUCCGAAGAGAUCAAGAGCAAGAAAUCAAUUGUUUUUAAAUAACGAUAGCAAAUUUAUGGACUCAGUUCUACAUGAUACAAUUAUAACAAUGAAACAAAACCCAUAUUACUGGAGACCAUAGGUGAGUUCAUCCAUAUAUUGUAACAGUGGAUAAGUUAAGUUUCUUCCACUUCUAAGCUUGCAAUGCCAUGGAGGUCAGAGAACGACCUGCUGCAGAUCUAUUACAUAGGCAUAGCAAAUAAGAGCUCAUAUCAUAUGGAUACAACAGACUAAUCAGUUGCAGAGAUGGAGCUUCCCCAAUCUGCUGCCAUGGCACAUAGAAGGAACAUAAGAAAUGGCAUGUAAAAAGGGAUGUGCAUUUUGAUCUCUGCAUAUAUAUAUAUAUAUAUAUAUAUAUAUAUAUAUACUGGUGUGUUCGAUAUGGAAUCCAAAACCAACUAGUUCCACUCCUGCUUGUUUGUGGGCUUUAUAAUGGCCCAACAGCAGCAGUCUCAGAGAGAGGGUUUAAAGGGAACAUCGCAUUUUUACAGACUGGCCUAUUCUAAGCAACUUUUCAAGUGGUCUUCAUUUUUUAAAUACUUUAUCCAAAUAUACGCCUUCCUAUUCCUUACUGGCCUGUAAAUAAAAAUGAAAGUCACAUAUCUACAUCCACAAAAAUAUUGCGAGGCUUCGCUUUUAAUGUUGUUUAUUGCUGUUUUUCAUUCUGAUCACUUUAAUUCAAUUUUUAUUGUGACUUAAAAUUGUUGUAAGGAUGUUAACAGCUAAAUCAUUAAAAACACACAUAUGAAAACAAAUGGAAACCAA